AUGCAAUCGAAACGCCUGUCCUUCAUUUCAUCGAUGUCCCCCUCGAAGCACUCAUCACCUCAAUUCCAAACACUGCCAAGUUUCAACCCCUAUGAGACUCUACAGGAGCAACAAAAACAACUAAGCGAUCUAUACCAACUGCAGUCAAAGUUGAAAAUUGUAACCAAAGAUGACCCAACGAUACCAAAUUACAAAGAAAUGCCAAUGCUGGGUAAAAAACUGGACUAUAGCAUGAAAAUUGUUGUCACUGGUGAUGGUGCCGUUGGUAAGACAUGUUUAUUGGUGAGCUAUACGCAAAACAAGUUUCCUGAGAUUUAUGUGCCAACCGUUUUUGAAAACUACGUCACAACAUUAAGUGCUCCCAAUGGCAAGUCUUUUGAGUUGGCAUUGUGGGAUACAGCUGGCCAAGAGGAAUACGAUCGUUUAAGACCAUUGAGUUAUCGUGAUGCAGAUUUAAUAUUGAUAUGUUUUGCUAUGGAUAACCCUACAAGCUUGAUCAAUAUUAAGGACAAGUGGUUUCCAGAGAUAAAGCACUAUUGUCCUAAUGUACCAAUUAUUCUAGUAGGAACCAAAUCCGAUCUACUGGGAAAUAUUCAACCUGAACUCCCUCCUCAAAUUGCUAUGGAGAUUGGCGCUAUUACGUAUAUUGAAUGUUCUGCCAAGCAGAUGUAUCAAGUUAGGGCAGUAUUCAAUCUAGCUCUUGAGCGUUAUCAAAAGGAGAUGGAAAGACAAGAGCAAUAUCAAGCUAGUAGUAAGAGGAAAUUACUCAGACGUUCAAAUGGGGGAGCAUCUUCCAGUGGUAAUUAUGGGCAUUUACGAAACAAGAGUAGUGCAUCCUCCAGUAAACGAGGUCACAAACAAAACGGAUCAUUAAGCUCAAGUGUAUUGAUUGAUGAGCCAUUGACCGAAGACACAUACCAAAGCAAUCCAUAUGGAAGUUUCAAUGGUGAUUCACGAAACAACGGUGAGUUUGAUUUUAUCAAUGAGCGUAAGAAAAUGGAAAAGAAAAAAUGCAUUAUAUUGUAA